UAUAAGAUAAUAGAGACAGUAAAAAAAAACAGUCAAGAGUUUCCGCACCGUUAGGUGUCACUGCCAAACCUUUAACUUCAAUGAACGCGCGCGCGCCAAACUUUAGAGUUGCAGCAAUGGCGUCUCAAGGUCGUGGUCGAAAGCGCAAAGCUGUGGAUGCAGAAGCAACUGCUGUGGAUGAGAAGAAAGAGAAGCUUGAUAGAGAGGAAGAAACAGGACAAAGAGUGAUCAUCGAGCACUGUAAAAGCUGACGAGUGUACGGGCGAAAUGCUGAAGGGGUCCGUCAAGCACUCGAGGCUUCACACCCUGAAAUUCGCAUCGUCCUCAAUCCACAGAAACCAAGACGAAACAGCUUUGAGGUCACUCUGAUCGAAGGCGAUAAAGAGGUCAUUUUGUGGUCCGGUAUAAAGAAAGGUCCUCCACGCAAGUUGAAGUUUCCGGAUCCUGCUGAUGUUUUGUCUGCCCUGGAGGAAGCACUGAAGAGCAAGCAGAAGUUAUGAGGGGAGCAGAGUCAUUUUCCUGGUUCCUGGACACUGGAUGCAUAAUGAUGUAAAUGGACUCAUGGGAAAAACCUCCCGGUCUGUUUUCUGAUGGUCUGCUCUGUUGUAAUGGAUGGGAUAUUUGACCUCGCCUCAUUUCUUUUGUUAAGCUUUCUAAUGCCCGUUCAUGUGAUGUCUCUAUUUCAAAUUGUUAUUAACAUGUUAAAGUUUGGUAUUUUUAUUUUGCAAGUAAUACUAAUAAAGUCAACACGUUUCUCACUUUAA